GUAUACCGAGCACGGGAGGACACUCGGCGCUGGGGGGACACUGAGCAUAGACGGGGACACAGGCAGGAGAAGACCAGCACGCUCUUGGGAGAAAGAGGGAUGGAAAUCCAGCCCUGGCUAACUCUGUGAAGAGGAACCAGGCCGAGGGAAGGGCUCGGUGCUCGGCCGUGGCUGGAGCGUUCGCUGCGGAGCCGGGGACGUGCGGCUGGAUGGGGACAUGGGCCCGGAGCGGAGCGGGAGGCAGCCCUGGCCUCGGACGGGCCUGUAACGCUGACCGAGUGUCGCAGGACCCAGUAGAAGAAGUCACCUUCCAAACUACGCUGCUCAGAAGAGCUGCUUCUCUCAGCUGUCAAGGCCUCUGAGCUGUUGCUGCAGGGAAGAGGACAGGGCUGCCUGGAGCAAUGUCCAACGACCCACCCCCACCCUACCCGGGGGGCCCCUCGGCACCGCUGAUAGAAGAGAAGCACGGCCCCCCCUCUGCACCAGAGGGUGUCACCCCAGUGGUGGGACAGCCCCAGGGGGUUCCUGUCCCCCCUCCUGAGUUCGGACCCCCCCCAUAUGAGCCACCCUCGCAGCCGGGGUUCAUACCCCCCCACAUGCCCACGGAUGGCUCUGGGCCCUAUGUGCCACCAGCAGGAUACUACCCGCCCCCAGGCCCUCACCCCCCCAUGGGCUACUACCCUGCCCCAGGCCCCUACCCCUCUCCUGGUGGCCACACGGCCACAGUGCUCGUCCCACCGGGAGCUGCCACCACAGUCACAGUGCUGCAGGGAGAGAUCUUCCAGGGUGCCCCCGUGCAGACGGUGUGUCCCCACUGCCAGCAAGCCAUCACCACCAAGAUCUCCUACGAGAUUGGGCUCAUGAGCUUCCUUCUUGGCUUCUUCUGCUGCUUCGUGGGGUGCGAUCUCUGCUGCUGCCUGAUCCCCUGCCUGUUCGAUGACUUCAAGGACGUGACACACACGUGUCCCAACUGCAAGGCCUACAUCUACACGUACAAGCGCAUGUGCUAACGGCACCCCGGGAGCCACUGGAACGCCGCCGGCCCCGCCCCGCUGCCGUCCGUCUGUCCGUCUCCGCGUGUGCAUCGCCCUCGCUUCCCGCCGGUGGUGUGUAUGUGUUAUCCCCGGCUCCCUCCCGCGCAGAGCUGCCACCACUGCCCCCAGCUCUGCUCCUCACUGGGAAUAGUUGGAUUGGUGACACUGAGGCACAGGGGAGGUGGGCCCAGGCCCCAGAUGCUGGGUGGGAGCUGCCCUGCAGUGCACAGGAGUGGGGGGCAUCGCUCUGCACCCCAUUACGCUCCAGGGUGUGAACGAGGCCCCUCUCACCUGGAGCAACCCUGGGAAGAGCAGCAGCUGCUGGAGGUGCCCACCCCUGUCCCACAGUGCAGGGGGUGCCUGGCUGCAGGGAUGUGCUGGGAUGGGAGCCCAGGAGGGGACCCAAACAGCCCAUGGUGCCCUCAGGGGAUGCAGCACAGCCUUUGUGGCACUUUCAGGAAGGGGUUCAGUGACAAGGAGACAGGGCAGUGCCAUACACCAGGCUUCCGUGUGGUUCACAGCCCCCUCCAGCCCCGCAGCAAAGCCCCUUCCCGAGGGGAGGCAGAGCUGCCUCUAAGCACACGGGGCCCGGCAGCCGCGCUGCGCCCUUAUCAGCCCCUCCGUCCUGCCCGGCGGCCACUCCAGCUGCAUGCGCCUCCUCCCAGCCCCGCCGGCUCUGGGGGCAGGGACAGCCCCAAGCAGCCCUGGCCCCCCGGCAACCUGAGAGCCAAAACCACACCCAGCAUGUCCUGGCUGCCCGGCACGUAGAGUAGAGGAGUUUGUUACCAGGCUGCAGCUCCAGAGCCGUCCUGGGCCCGGCAGGGUCUGUGGGGUCCUCCUUGCAUGUGGUGUAGGGGGUGUUUUUAGCUCACGCACCUGAGGCAGAAGGAAGGGGCAAGCAGGCAGCGACAGGAGCUGCCAGCAGCACUCCAGAGCAGGGGCCAAAGGACCUGGGAGCCAAGUUCAGCCUCUCGGGGCUGCUCCUCCCUCCCCUGCCCCUGCAGCUCCCAGAGCAAAGUGGGGGGGUCUCUCAGUACACAGGUCUGCAAACACAGCCUGGCCUGCACAGGCAGCUGCUGUUUGCUCAGGGGUGGAACUGUGGCACUAGUCAGUGUUUUUAUGUAAAUAAAUAACAGACCCUGGA